UAAAUUAUUAUUUUCUACACAGCAGCAUCAUCCAACUAUAGCUCGAUGAAAAAAUGCUCAGAACAACAAUGGCCGCUCUGUUUCACCCCACCACCAAGCUGUACUCUUUACCCCUCAAGGCUUUCUUCUCACACUCGAUUCACAAACCCCGGCGGUUAAUAAUUCGACAAAGCUACCCUCGAGCUGUUAGAACGACCUUAUCCAUCAACACACCUCGUUCUCUAUCAUCUACAGCAGUUCCCCAAAUUUCGAAUGACACAAUUUCAGAUUUGGACAACAGUUACUUGUCUUGCUCAAUGCCCAAUAGCAAGCGCCCUCUCAAAAUUGCUGUUCUUCUCAGUGGUGGCGUUGAUAGCAGUGUCGCCCUUCGCCUCCUCCACGCAGCCGGACACUCCUGCACCGCUUUCUACCUUAAAAUCUGGUUCCAAGAAGAUUUCGAGAACUUUUGGUCUGAAUGUCCAUGGGAAGAGGAUUUGAAGUAUGCAAAAGCUGUUUGCAAUCAGGUUGAUGUACCACUAGAAGUUGUUCAUCUGACAGAUGAAUAUUGGGAUAAAGUGGUUUCUUACCUUAUUGAUGAGUAUAAACGUGGUCGUACGCCUAACCCCGAUGUUCUUUGCAACACAAGAAUCAAAUUCGGUGCGUUCAUGGAUGCCAUCAGUAACAUGGAUUUUGACUUUGUUGCUUCUGGACAUUAUGCAAAAGUUAUUCAUCCCAUUACAGAUGAAACCAAUGAGCUUUCAUUUCUUCAACUCUCAAAGGAUAUGUUAAAGGAUCAGACCUAUUUUCUUUCAUAUCUCUCACAAGCUCAGCUUAAAAGGCUAGUGCUUCCUCUUGGAUGUAUUCCAAAAGAUGAAGUCCGAAGGCUUGCCCGAAAAUUUGAUUUGCCUAACCAAGAAAGAAAGGAUUCACAAGGAAUAUGCUUUCUUGGAAAGAUUAAGUUCAGUGAAUUUGUGGGAAGACAUAUUGGUGAAAAAGAAGGUAUACUAUUGGAAGCUGAAACAGGGGAUUUUUUAGGAAGUCAUAGGGGCUUUUGGUUUUACACAAUUGGUCAACGCCAAGGUUUGGGUCUUGCAGGAGGACCAUGGUAUGUUGUUGAGAAAGAUGUAAAAAACAACGUGGUUUUUGUAUCAAGAAAUUAUUAUUCUGUUGAUAAAAGAAGGCGAUCAUUUCGUGUUGGAUCCUUUAGGUGGAUCAGUGGAUCUCCUCCUCACAAUCUGAACCACUUAAGAUGCAAGGUUCGACAUGGCCCGGUUUUCUAUGAUUGCAGUUUGCAUAUAGAAAAAGAUGGUAAUGAAAACAUUGGCACUGUUCAAUUACCUGAAGAUGAUCAGGGUCUGGCAGCUGGACAAUUUGCAGCUUUUUAUGAAGAAGAGGUUUGUGUGGGGUCAGGGGUAAUUUUGGAAUCAUGGGAUGAUAAGGGAUUUCCUGUUUGUGACAAGGCUCGUGAUAUUGCAAAAAUGGAAGAUAAGUCUAAGCUUGGUAAACCUGUUAAGAUCAAACCAAAACCUGAAGAUUGUUUGAGGGAUUCGGUUGUGAGAUUAGUUUAGGUCUUAUAAAUUUGUAUGUUAAAUAGGAACAAAUUAAUUUACAAAAGGGCAACAUUUUUGUUAGUUGAUUGAUAAAUCCUGAAGGCAGUGGUCUUGUUGUAUAUGGUAUAAGCUGUAUAUGUAUUCGUUAAUGUUUAACCAUAUAAUGUUUUUAAGAAAUGCAAGUUUUACACAUCUUAUUAAAAA